AUGCUCUCCUCAUCAAGCACCGCCUUCAACCCCCGCAAGCGCCUCUCCAUCUUCACAAACUCAACCCUGGGCCACGACGUCAGCGCCGCCUUCAAGGCCUCGGCCAACCUCUCGCGCGCCUCGGGUUUCAACGAGACCCCGGCCCCGCCCCCAUCUCCAGUCGACUUUAGCUUCCCCAGCACGCCCACCGAAAGCCGAAGAGGAAGCACAAACUAA